GGCUCCCAUUGCAAGUGAUGGCUUGUACGGGCCUCAAUAACUGCCUUACUGCAUAUGGUCUGUUCUUGGGGCGCGAGCCGAUUGUUACUGCACUCUGGACUAUCCUCCUGACUUAUAAAGCUAGCGGUUACACAAUGGCUACACGUACUUUAAGCUUAAAAUAAUGACAAGGUUAUACCAGUCGAGGGCGCGUAAGUUGUGCAUCACUUCUAUAUCAAUGAGAGGUGCUCCACAAGCGUCCGGCCUUGACAUUCUGGCCGGGAGAAUUUUUGGAGACGGAGCACUGUUUUGGGUUUCGCCCUGGAUGACAAUCUAACUGUGACAUUGUUUCUUACUGAUGGCCAUCUCAAAGGUGUCUGAUGACAUUUGGAAUGGUUUUGACUCCUUGGAUUGGGGUAUUGCUGAUGUGGCUGUGAUGUUUGGCGUUGGCUAAUGUAUUUUAUCACUUUCUCGGCCGGCCUAACAUUUUGCCAACAGAAAUCCGAAGCCCUGUCAUCCAGCAGCCCAGGACAUCAUCAGCGCCUGUUUGCCUUCACUGGAUCAUCAGACUGGGGUGACGGAGAUUGUGAUCUAAUGGCGGCUGUGUUUUCCUGAUUGAUGCAUCUUGUCCGCCCGCUCGUUGCCUUGUUUGCGCCUUACGUCGACCCGGGAAACGAUACACCGCUAGAAUCUGGGGAUGGGCUCCCAUUGCAACUGGUGGCUUGUACGGGUCCAUAUCCCGACAGGAGAUGGUUUUCGCUUGCUUGUCCUUAUGCAAAGGGAAGGGCCAUAUGAACCGUUUGCCUUGUUACGCGCCUUGUUACAUGCAUGCGCGAUUUUGGUACCGGCGCCCGGAAACAAUCAAGAGGUGGGCUGUCAAAAACGGCUACUCCGCUUGGCAGGUCCUGCUCAUAUUUUCAUCAUUUUACUGGUUUUGGCUGGUUGUCCGCAAGCAUAAAGGGAUAGGAGUGACCCUGUCUUGAUCUGUAUUUUGAUAUACUUCACUGUCUGGUCUUUCCCAGAAGCCUCUCGAACUCAGCCCCUCAUUAUAUCACACGAGAUGAAUGCAAAAGCACAACAGAAUUUGCCGCUCAGCCAUGAGCAUCAGUGGAUUGAAGAGCAGUCAAGCAACUCAAGAACACUGAAACCAGUGGAUCUUUGGGGAUUUCCAGAUGUCACUCGGUUUGACGGCUGUUUCGAAGUGCGGGAUAGAAACGAUUUAGUAUCAAGCAACAUCUUGUCAUAUCAAGGCGAGCAGCGAGCCAGCAUAAUCUCUGAUCAAUCGAGGCAAUUGUCUGCAUCUCUUUCACUUGCUUUCAAACCCCACUACGUUCCUCAAUAUCCACGAUAUUCGGACCAGGUUGAAGUUGAAGAGCAAAAUAUCAUUAAUACUGAGGAGCGUACUGAUGCUCAUGAGGAUGAGGUUGAAAAGCAGAUAUCAUACAGUGGUACAGCGCAUACAAAUUGGUCCAUGCCGACGCCAAUUAGUCUCUGCGCCACACCUUUUCUUGAGCCAAGACAGAACCCGUCACAGAGCAAUCAUGAUUUCCAAUAUCAUGAUAUUAUUGAAUCCCCAACACAUGGACUUGGGAUAAGUGGACCGACUACCACAAACUACGUGCAACCUAGUAUCUUCACUUAUGACCUUCCUCAUCCCGAUACACCGGAUAGUCAUUUUCCAACGGAAUCAAAGGGGGAGGGUUUGGCUCAAGACCUCUCACUGGCGCCACGCAACCUAGAACUGUAGUUAUGCGACCCGAUUCUGGAAAAUGCCAUGUGAAUAUUGCGCCAAACCCUGCUGCGCUUCUUAAAAUGCAGCGUGUCAGAAAAAGAAGUCAAGGGGUAGAAGUCUCACAGCGCCGCCGAUCCGGGUCGGCGCGAAGAAAUUCGGGGCGAAGGUCAAGAUCAUCACAGAUGGACCGCGAAAACGAUCUUGUUCAAUUAUUGAGCACAGAACGGAAUUUAUGUUGGAGAGAAGUUGUGAAGGUAGUAAACACUCAAUUUGGAACAAACUAUUCAGCGUCUUGUCUUCAGAUGCGGAUGACGCGUAUGAAGCAUCGAGCCGUACAAUGGCCUGACGAAGGACAUCUAUCAUCGCGACUUCCCUAACGGGCUUCAACCGUGGCGCAUACAAAACUGAAUUUUUCAAUGAAACUACCGUGAAAAAUCCGCAGAACCCCGCCGCUGCGAAAUCAAUCCUUCUAGCAAGCCUUGCAACUCCGUCUUUUCUCGUCAUUACAAUCUUAUAAGGCACGAAGAUACAAUCCACAACACCCUCAAGCAAAAGCUGCGGUGCCGCCUACGUACAGAGGAAAAGACCUUUUCUCGCAACGAUGCCGUGACACAGCACAUACGGGAUUUCCACCCCAAGACGAUUUGAUUUUCUGUCAUACAUGCGUCUUUUGUUUUCUUUUUGGAAAGUCUAAUAAAUCAAAAGGAAAAUUAGUUACCCAAAAAUAGAACUAUCUUUGCUUUGCACCAAUGAAGAAAUUGGGCAUUCGGAAUUAGAAAUUCCGGAUUUUGAGUGGCGAAUAUGGCCGCGGCAUCAAACGAGGAAUUCGCUCGUGCAUUCAAUCAUACGCGGCCUCUCGAGACCAUGUACAAUUAGGAUACCAUGACCACAGAAGCACGUACUGGCUGUCUCAGCCUUAUUUGUAAAAUGAUUUCGGACGUGUGGUUGUAUCUAGUGACAACUAACGCUGAAUCUUAUGAAUUGCAUUCUCCGUCCAGUGCAAUGUUUGAUUGUCUGUACUUUUGCGUUUUCCGCGUUGAACAGUUCAAUAGUCUAUGAAAGUUAGUUACUUCUGUAAAUCCUAUUUCUAGAUGCAUAUCAACAGGAAGCGUGGAAGACGAUCUGUAUUGUAAUAGUUGUAGUGAUGAUGAAGAAAUAGUAAAGUGAAAUGAAAUGAAGAAAUCAAACAAAGAGAACAAAGAGAACAAAGGGAAGAAAAAGAAUAACUUAACACUCUUUCAAG